UUUGCCAUCCCGGCUGCCGACGUUUUUACACUUCAGUCAAUGAAUCCACCGAUUCCCGACGGCUUGCCGGAACUCCUCCAGGAUUUUACGGUCGAAGUUUUGCGUUGCAAGCCUCCCAAUCUCGUCGAAUUCGCUGCCACUUACUUCCACGAGCUACGCGAAAAGAGCAAAACGGGUGGUCUGUGUUCAGCAGAGUCUGGCGCUUCCGUCGCGCCAAUAAGCGAUGAAGAAACGGGAGAAAAUGGCCAAGUGGAUGAUGAAGAGGAAGAAUUCAAGCCGCCCCCGUCGUUUUAUCGCGGACGGAGAGCGUCUGUAAGUGCUGAACCAUUUCAACCUACAGAAGACGAUGUAGAUGAAAAAGUUAUACAUCAGAAGACUGAUGAGCAGCGAGAAAGACUGCGCACGUCUGUCAAGAACAUUUUCCUUUUCAAGACAUUAGAUGCCGAACAACUACACGAGGUAUUAGAUGCCAUGUUUGAAAGAAAAGUAACGGAAGGCGAACAUGUGAUUGACCAAGGAGAUGAUGGGGACAACUUCUAUGUUGUUGAUAGUGGGGUUUAUGAUAUCUUGGUGUCUAUUGGUGGACAAGAACCAAAGAAUAUGGGUUGCUAUGAUAAUACUGGUAGUUUUGGUGAGCUGGCUCUUAUGUAUAAUACACCGCGAGCUGCCACAAUUACAGCUAGAACAGAUGGAUGUUUGUGGGCAUUGGAUAGGGCAAUCUUUCGAAGAAUAGUGUUGCAAAGCGCUUUCAAGAAGAGACGAGUGUACGAGACUUUCUUGCAGUCUGUGCCAAUGUUGCAGUCUCUGGAUCCGUACGAGAGAAUGACACUAGCAGAUGCUUUAGAGUCUAAAAAAUUUCAACCUGGAGACUGCAUCAUACGACAGGGUGAUGAAGCAGAUGCUUUCUAUCUGGUAGAAAAUGGCACAGUGAGAAUCAGUCGGACGGAUACCAAUGAUGCCAGUAGAGAAGUGGAGCUGACGACAGUGUCAAGAGGUGGAUACUUUGGAGAACUAGCACUUGUUACUCAUAAACAAAGAGCAGCCAAUGUUUAUGCUCAAGAUGAAGUCACUUGUGCAGUAUUGGACGUGAGUGCUUUUGAACGUCUCCUGGGUCCGUGCAUGGAGAUCAUGAAGCGGAAUUUCGAUCACUACGAGCAACAGCUUAUCGAUCUGUUUGGUUCAACGAUGGACGUUACUGAUCCGAGAUGAAUGACGACGAUUCGAGGUGGUGAACUGGUUUUCAUGCUUUUGUGUUCUAGCAGUUAAUCGAGUAGCGUUCAAACAUUAACACAUAAGCAUGCUUGCAGUUUUGCGAAAGUGAAGACUUUGAUACCUGCUGUUUACCUGGCAAACAGCAUAGCAAACGCUUGUACUCAUCGUGUACUGAUGCUAUGAGAUAUAAUGGUGUUAGUGUAUUGGAUGGUGCUGCCUCCACUUUUUUGCUCUACUAUGAGAAUAUAUUGUGUGCUCAUGUA